UGAUAACAUAUUGGUGUUUCCCUGGCCUCGUUCUUUUAUUUUAUUCACUCAGUAUAUGCUGAUGCUUGCCUCGCCCUCCCUUCCUUCAGUUAAAUACUUUGUCAAAUGUGUUUUCAGAUUUUUGGUUGUUUUAUUAUCAGAGGUCCAUGGGAACUUUGAGCUUAAGUGUCAUUACUGCUUAAACCCCCCCAAAAGAGAAAGAUAAUUGAUUUUUUUUUUUUUUACUGAUCUGUGAUACCUUUUCCUCGAAUUUAUGAUGCCAGUGUAUAGGCCUACCUAGAUAAAAAAAAAAAAAAAUAGUGUAUGUCCAGCAUCGUAAAGGUUUAUCAAAGUCUCUUUUCUCUGAAUUGCAGAAGUGAUGUGAAUGGGGAAGCGACACCAAGAAUCCUAAAUACCCAAAACCAUGGAUGACCCAGAAUCGCCAUGCAGCGCCCGAACCAAAAAUGGCUUCCGCGUUCUCAAAGCUGCCCUCGUGGUCUCCGCCGCCUUUAUGGUCACGCUAUUUUCCCUCUCAGGUCGAUAUUAUGGAAAUUACCUAACUACCAUAAUGCCCGAGGAAGUUUCAUACCCAGCCUGGGUCGAACACCUGUGCCCCAGGUACUACUAUGGGAUACGUCGGUCGACUGCUGGGCUUCUGAAACUUUCUUGGAAACCACUAACGGACGAUGCCAUUUUCUUCAUACAGACUUCGUGCGCUCGCUCUCUUGGUAGCAGACAGGCUUGUGUGGUUGAGAGUGCCGCCCACCACCACCCGCAUCAACCAAUUCGCUUACUCAUGACUGCACCAUACAUCAACCACACUCAUCCGUUGUUACAGGUUGUGUUGGGCCUAGACAAUGUGCAGGCAUCAUGGCUUGACCUGGAUCACGUGUACCAAGAAGAACCCCUUUUAACCUGGCACCGAGAACGUCAGUGGAUGUUAAAUGAAGCACUAUCUCCAACCUUCGUGUCAGACAGUAGUCGAAUCGAACUGUUGAAACGCUACGGUGGGACAUAUCUCGACCUGGAUAUAAUUACUCUUCGUCCUUUGCCAAGCUUCAGCAAUUGGCUUGGAUGGCAUGCUCCAAUGCAGAUAAAUAAUGCUGCCAUGAACUUAGUGAAAGGCCAUCCAUCAUUGCAGAUGGUAGCUUCAUCUAUACCAAAGAUUUUUGAUCCCACAAGCUGUUGCAUAAUUGGACCAUAUCUCCUGUAUGAUGUAAUGCACAAGAUGUGUCCAGAUGAUGUCACCAAUAGCCCUAACAUUACUGAAACGGAUGUUAAGUGUGGUAACGUGACUGUUCUUGCACGAACUCGCCUCUAUCCCUUCUCUCCUUACAACGAGUUGGACUACAUCCUCCAAAAGAAGAAGGGAAAGGCACUGACCUUCUUCACAAGUCAAAAUGAUACAUAUUUGCUGCAUUUGUACAGCUCCCAUACCUCAAAAAUUAGAGUUCCUCUUGGAGAUAAAACCCUGUUGGGAGAGGCUGCCAUGAAGAACUGCCCAAAGGUGUAUAAUGCCAUUGUAAAGCAUGGGUUGGAACUGUGACUUUUUAGGUGUGGAAAUUUUAACCAAAGUUGUUCUUGCUCUCUCUUGUGCCCACAAGUACAAGCACACACACAUGCACUUAUGUAUACACACACACACGCACAUUCACACAUAUACCUACACAUGAAUACAGAAAAAUCAUGUCCUGCAUGUAUUUUAUAAAGUAAAAUAUUAAGCACAAAGAACUAUAUACACGUAAACCAAAGAUACUAUAAAAUAAUAAGAACUAGUUAUAGAGUUUACUGAAAAUUUCCUUCCUAAAAGUAUGAAAAAUACAGUUAAAAUGCACAAGUUGCAUCUAUCAUUCUGGCAACUCAACAGCCAGAAAUAUGAAUACUAAUGGACAAGAACACAACCAAAUUCGGUUUCAAGAAAAAAAUUAUCCAAAAUUGCACUUGGGAAUUAUAUCAGUAAUGAAACUUUUCCAUUGAUAACAGAACACUACACCUACAAUGGAAAAGCCUAUAAUGUGUCAAUAGAUAAUGUAUCAAUUUCAGUAUUUCUAUUAACUUGAUUCAAAAUAUCAUUUUAUGUUUAUAUUGGCUCUACAGAUGAUUAAUAUUCAUACUAAAUAUCAUAAUAGGAGACAGUGUUUAGUAUUAAGGAGAACUAAAUACACAAUAUAACAAAAAAGAAAAUAUCACAAACACAAGAGUGAGCAUACAGUCAUGAGUACAAACAAUUGCACAGACAUGUGCACUUACCUUCUAUAAUGCAUCAGGAAAUUAAUACUUUACAUAAUGCGCAGUAUGAAAUGUGCUUGUGUUAUGGAUGUAAUUCUUUCACUUUUUGUAUUUUCCAAAUCCCUGAUGUCUGUGCUUUACUAAAAGAUUUUUCCUGAUGUAAUUUCAUGGAUAUCAGGCAAGAAUGCCAAAGUGAUCCUCAAACUUUGUGAUGGAAACCAUUUUAUCAUUACAAAGCCAGUAACACAUGUUGCAUAUAUUGUACAAAGUAUUUAACCAGAAAUUUUCAUAGGUUAUUUUAUUAUAUUAUACCAAGUCAAGUUUUUUCCAAUAAUGUAGUAAAAUGUCCUUGAAAAUUACAUUCUUCAAAAACAUAUGUAGUUUAGAAUCCCACAAAAUACGAAAGUCAGAAAACA